GCUGGAGCCAUCGUGUUUCGGUUCGUUGUGGUGGCUUUUUUGUGUAUCCGCCUGAUCCGCCUUCAAGUGUCUGCUCGCGAUCGCGCUAUACAAACGGACAGGCCUGAACGUGCGGUCGCGAACGAGUUGCCUGACAUUGAUGCUACAUCCUUCCUUCCACGCAGAGCGACACGCCCGACGUGUCUGUGUAGCCCGACCAUGGGUGGGAUGUAAAACAGCGGUGUAAAAGUGUAAUUAACAGCGCGGCCGGAGUGAAGAAAGAAAGAAAGAAGAAAAAAAAAACAACGAAGCCAAAACAACGCGAAAACGAAAGCGCUUGGUCCGCUUUGGCUCUCGAUCACUAGUGCUUUUUGCCCUUGCUUAGUGUUGUGCUCGUGCGCUCGUUCACCGUCCGUGCCCUUUCUCCCAACGCGGGAGGAGGAGGGAGUUAUGUGUGUGGAUGUGGGGCGGUGCCUUCGAUGAUGCCAAAAAAAAACGAGCGGGAAAACAAACGACGAAGCAAACGCGCGGAAAACUAGGCACCUGCCAACCGGUGGUGAAGGUGAAGGCAAAGUGUCAACAACUCGCACGAAAGUUGCGGAAAGUGUCGGCUGUGUAAAAAAAAGCGAGUGUGUCGUCGUAAAGCGCGUGCCGUCAAAACCCCGUGGCACGUGGGUUAAGUGGUCAACAAAAAAGAAGCGCAACAUCUCGGUACAGGAGGGUUCAAUGUUAAGAACCCGUGUUUGAUAUCUGAGUGAUGAGGCGUUCCGAAACCGUGUAGUUGUAAUGUAUAAACGCUCAUAACAAGAGCGACUUGCUGCAUGCUGAUCAAAAAGCGCAGUUUCGUUGAUCUUCCCAUGUUUACUUCGAUGUGUUCGAGUACAUGAGUACUGUUUGACGUCUGAACUGUCACUGUGCUGUCAACUAGGAAAGGAAAAGCCUCACACAUUUACGCCUUGUAGUAGUUUUUCACCGUAUUCGCGCCUGUGGUGGGAGGAAAAUGGUGACGACGAUUAAAAUCACCGGUGACGGUGUUUUCAUCCAAUCGAAUGGUGGUCCAGGUGGUGCGGCAAGACUUCAGCAACAGCAGCAGCAACAACAGCAACAGCAAUCUGCCACCCUUGGCAACACUGCCAUCGGGGAGGCUUCGUUGCCACUUCCGGAAAACGUGACGAGAAAUGGCACCGCUUCUCCGGACACCGUUGAUGGGACAAGUGCUAGGGAUUCGAACAACAACCACAAAAACUACCGCAAUUUCAACCACCGUCGGUAUCAAUCCGAUGAAGGGCCAGGGUUUAUUGGCGUGAAGAAUGGCACGUUGCCCACAGGCCCUGGGUCCGGUGAAAGAGAAGACACGAUCGGGGAUACUGAAGCGGGUCGUAAAUCGAGGGACAAAUUCACUAUCUCGUUCCUAAACACGCACCGAUCGAGUGGGGGUGGUUCACAGAACGGUACCGGUCACGGGAAGAGUAUGCUCAAUCACAAGUUCAUCGUGUACAACAGCAAAAAACCAAAGACAUCCUCUGUGCUGCACCAGCAGUACUAUCAGCAGAACGCUGCAGCGGCCACUUCCGGUGAGGGUGGUUCACCACCCUUACCGUUGCCGUACCAAACCCACUACCAGCAGUACCUGUACAACCGGUUACGUCCAUCCCUGUCGACCUCGGUGUUGAGUUCACCUUCACUGAUCAGUGGUACGAUGGCGGCAACACCUCCACACGAACAAACGUCGUUGUCACCGCCACCGUCAUCACAGCAGCAGCAACAACAUCUCUACCAGAACAGCCUCUUCCACCAGCAACACCGAGCCCUGCUGGGAACUCCACCAGCAGCCGUGCCGGGUUGGGCCAAGUCAACUUCCUGUCUGGUGUCAGGAAGUUCAACCACAACGUCUACCUCCUACAGAGCUGGUACGGCAUCACCUCAAUUGCUGCAACCGGCUAAAGGACUAUCCCAACCACGGCCAGUUCACUCCUCAUCGUCCAUCUCGUCACUCUCAUCGCCAUUCUCGUCAUCACGCUCCUCAUCUGCGGCCGGUUCUCCACCUGCUUCCGGUGCUAAUUCAUCCUCUAAUUCACCUCCACCACCGGUGGCGUCCGAUGUGCAGCAGGUGAUGGCCACUCAAACGUCACCUCGUGGUGGUACGUCUGUGCCAGCAACACCUCCGUCGGUGUCUAAAUCGUCACCUCCAACGACACCUGCACCAGCAACAUCAACUACACCGACGCAGCCAUCGCCAUCACCACCACCUUCAACGUCAGCGCCAUCGAAUCUUGAUGUCGACGUGAGGGGUGUUCCGCGGUUUGACCGAAACACCAAACCAUCCGGCAUCGGGAGCGGCGAUCAGCAACAACAGCGGCCUCAGUAUCAACAUCGCUUUCCGCAGCAGCAGCGAUCGUUCGAUCUACAGCACACGGUCUCUGCAUCCGAUCAGCAGCAGCAACACCGGCAGCAACAGCAGCAGCAGGUAGAAGAGGAACAGCAGCACGACAACUCGCUAGUCUCGCGCCGCAACUCCACCGGAAGCAGCGUGGCGUUGAACGGAAUGAACAGCCACACGGCGGCGAUCAACCUGCAGCAUCCGGGCACGACGGGACAGACGGCAGUGGUGGGGCACCAUCGCGGUUUCUCGUCAACGGUUGUGGCCGCCGCCAACUCGGCCGCCGCUUCCGCUUCCGCCACCGACUGUUCAUGGUUUUUGCCGCACCCGAUGCCCCCACCUCCGACGGCACCGGCCCGCCAGCACAAGCGGCCUGCACCACAACCCGGUGGUGUUGGAGGCGGGGGUGGGGGUGGUGGUGGGGUCGGGGCCGGUCUCGGUGGACCCGGUAAUCACAUGCAGCCGCCACAGUUUAUCAGCCCACCGCCAGCACCGCAACAACAACAACAGCAGCAGCAGCAGCAACAACAGCAACAACAACAACAACAGCAUAGUCAGCAGUCAGCAGCGAUCGUGCCGCCACCGCAAUUACCUCCGCACAGCGUUAACCCGGGUCACGGUUCCAUCCACCAUCCGGUGCAGCAACACGGUGCGUCUCAGUCAGCACAGCAGCCACCGAUACCGCCACAUCCGGUGGUGCAUCACAUACCAAAAUCUCCCAACCAGCAUCAUCCGCCACAGCCAUCAGCACCGUCCGGGAUUCAGCCCUCUUCCGGUGGUCAACCGCUUAAUGCAGCCGUAGGCACCAGUCAUCACCCGGCAGGAUCAUCCUCGAUCACUGGCAAUGGUGCGACCGUCGGACAACCGGUUGCGGUGGCCGGUUCUAAUGCCACCGGGUUGAUGUCGGCUUCGAUGAGCAGUGCUCAGUUGCAGGGACACCUGCUGGCCACGACGGCACACUCCAUCCAGCAGCAACAGCAGCAGCAGGGACUGGCAGCAGGAGCACCUCAGGUGCAUCACAUGUCCAACUCGCUGCACGGUCCCAUCGGUUUGCCACCGAUGGUGGUGUCUCCGGCGGCCAGUUCCGGGCACGAUGGUGGCGUAGGAGGUAGCAAUGGGAUUGGCGGUGGUCCUGGUAGUGCUGCACCCGGUUGGAACUGCGUUCCGGUGGGGUUGUCCUCACCGACCACCUCAGCAGCUGCGGCCGCCCAUCGGAGAGCGGAAGUGAACGCGAAACUCAACGCCAUGCCCUGGUUCCACGGGCGAAUAAAGCGCGAAGAGGCGGAAUCGUUGCUGAAACCGCGAGAGGACGGUCUGUUUCUGGUGCGCGAAUCGACCAAUUUCCCGGGCGAUUACACGCUGUGUGUGUGCUUCAACGAAAAAGUCGAGCACUACCGCAUCAAAUACGUCGACAACAAGCUCACGAUCGAUGACGACGAGUACUUUGAUCAUCUCGGUCAGCUGGUGGAGCACUACACGCUCGAUUCCGACGGACUGUGCACGAAGCUCAUAAACGCCCUGCCGAAGGAGGAGUUCUGCGUGAAGGACUUCCAGGACAACGGCUGGGAGAUCAAGAUGGAGGAUCUGCAGCUGAAGGAGAACAUCGGCAAAGGCGAGUUCGGGGACGUGAUGCUCGGCAUACUGAAGGGCGAAAAGGUGGCGGUGAAGGUGCUCAAGGAUGCAGGCCGAGCGUCAAACAAGUUCCUCGCCGAGGCUGGUGUGAUGACGACGCUGGAGCACGAAAAUCUCGUCAAGUUCAUCGGGCUAGUGUUUCACGACAAGUACAUCUACCUGGUGACGGAGUACAUGAGUAAGGGCUCGCUUGUCGAUUAUCUGCGAUCGCGCGGACGACAGCACAUCACCCGGAAGGAUCAGAUCAACUUUGCCUACGACACCUGCUGCGGCAUGGAGUACCUUGAGACCAAAAAAGUGAUCCAUCGUGAUCUGGCCGCCCGGAACGUGCUCAUCUCGGAGGACUGCGUGGCGAAGGUGUCCGAUUUUGGGCUGGCACGGGACGAGCGUUACACCGGCGACAGUAGUAAGCUGCCGAUCAAGUGGACGGCCCCGGAAGCGCUGAAGGAAGGCAAAUUCUCCAACAAAACGGACAUGUGGAGCUUUGGUAUUCUGCUGUGGGAGAUCUACUCUUUUGGGCGCGUACCCUACCCGCGAAUCCCCCUAGCCGAUGUAGUGAAGCACGUGGGCAGCGGAUACAAAAUGGAGGCACCCGAGGGUUGCCCACCGGAAAUCUACGAAAUGAUGCGCCAGGCGUGGGAUCUGGUACCGGAUAAGCGGCCAACGUUUGCAGAGCUGAAACGACGGCUGUACAACUGUAAACGGGAAACGGCCAAUACAUACGUGACGUAA